UUUGCGACUGGUGGGGAUAUGAAGGACUGAAUGACACUGGACUGGACUUGGAUCCUACGAGGGAAUUACAAGAUAGUAGUCGUUAUAUUUGAAUGAUGUUUCACCGUUUGGGGCUUUUUAAAACAUCAUAGCGUUUUUUAAUUCUGAAUGUAACAAAAAGAAAACAAGUCAGUCAUCGUCAAGCUAACGCGAGCUAGCGUCUGUCGCUUUAGCCCUCCAUCUACCGACAUUAGCUUGCUGUUGUAAAGAAGAAAAUGUGUUUGUGUUAAAAGCAGCAGUUCCACGAUUACAUCGUAGGUCGUCAGAAUGCCACAGUUUCGUCGGUCAUCUUGAAAAUUGACACGAGAUGAGCUAAAUUGAUUUCUAUACGAAGCGGUUCCGCUGAACAGACAACUGCAGAUGAGAUGAGUCAGCUUUGGAAGAGAGAUAUACCUUUGUCAGAGAGGCUGGCUAAUGACUCUCCUGCAGGCCUUGCACCCAGAGUUGCUGCCACCAUGCGCCCCCAGGGGUCAGGGUCAAACUCUUCCCUUAUACCAGACGCUCCAUUGGUCACCCCAGAGCAGCCCAUUUUCCUCAUGACCUCUACUGCCCAAACUAUAUCGGGGUUUUUUGUUUGGACAGCACUCCUGAUUACAUGCCACCAGAUCUACAUGCAUCUACGUUACUACAGCUCUCCAAAUGAGCAGAGGCAUAUAGUGAGGAUUCUCUUCAUUGUCCCCAUCUAUGCGUUUGACUCCUGGCUCAGCCUUCUAUUCUUUACCAAUGAGGAGUACUACGUAUACUUUGACACAGUUAGAGACUGCUAUGAAGCCUUCGUCAUCUACAACUUCCUCAGUCUGUGUUAUGAGUAUUUGGGAGGUGAAAGUGCUAUCAUGGCUGAAAUCAGGGGGAAACCCAUUGAGUCAAGCUGUGUGUAUGGUACCUGUUGUCUGUGGGGUAAGACCUACUCCAUCGGCUUCCUCAGGUUCUGCAAACAGGCCACUCUGCAGUUCUGUGUGGUCAAACCACUAAUGGCAGUCAUUACCGUCAUUCUUCAGGCUUUUGGAAAAUACAGAGAUGGAGAUUUCAAUGUGGCCAGUGGCUACUUGUACGCAACCAUCAUCUACAACAUCUCUGUGAGCCUGUCGCUGUAUGCGCUUUUCCUUUUCUACUUUGCCACAAGAGAGCUACUUGUCCCAUACAGCCCUGUGCUGAAGUUCUUCAUGGUCAAGUCUGUCAUCUUUCUCUCCUUCUGGCAGGGGAUGCUGCUGGCCAUCCUAGAGAAGUGUGGUGCCAUUCCUCAGAUAAACUCGGCUGACUUUUCGGUGGGUGAGGGAACUGUUGCUGCUGGGUACCAGAACUUCAUCAUCUGCAUUGAGAUGUUCUUCGCUGCUGUUGCUCUGCGCCAUGCCUUCACUUAUAAGGUCUACAUGGACAAAAGAUUGGAUUCAUAUGGUUCAUUUCCAAUCUAUGGACAAUACGGCCGCUGUGCACCAAUGAAGAGCAUCUCCAGCAGCCUGAAGGAGACCAUGAACCCAGGGGACAUGGUGCAGGAUGCCAUCCAUAACUUCUCGCCAGCUUAUCAGCAGUACACCCAACAGUCCACCCUGGAGCGAGGGGGAGGCCCUGCUCUCUCUCGCAGCCACAGUAACCUCAGCACCAGAGGGGACAAUGAGAAGACCCUGCUGCUCAGCUCUGACGAUGAGUUCUGAGACUUAAACACAUUCUUUGGAGUUUCCCAUUCACUCUUGUGGCCAUGGCAGACAACUCUGAGCUUUUCCUUGUUUAGCUGAGGUUCAUGUCUGGUUUAUGACAUGGUGAGAGCACUAAAAGGAUUAAGAAUUUUAGUUAAGUGCUUGGGGUAUUUCUAUAAUCUGUUUAUUAGAUGGUAAGAUUAUUAAUGUCAGAGAGGCAAUUACAGCCUGGAAUCUGUAUUUACGAUUUGUUUCAUGGCUACAUAUAGCUUCCUGUUUCUGCACUUUAAACCCCAUAGCUAUUUUUUGGAAAACUAGAUAUAUUGAGCUGGAAUUACAAAGUGCCAUCAUCUUAUCACUUCUGGUGGCUUACGUCAUCUUUUUUACAUUUUGAUUCUUGAUUUGAACAUGUGCCGAAACCUUGCCAAAUAAGAAAAGGGAGGAAACAAUUGCUCAAAUUAAUAAUGCACUCUGACAUAGUUAUAUUUAAAUAUAUCAAAGGCUUUAUGUUAAUAUUAGGGGUGGGGCUUGAUUAAUUGUAAUGGGUUUAUCACUAGUAUAUGUCAAAUCCAUUUGAAGUGGGAGAGUGGCAGUAAAUCAUUCGCUUUCACCCUCCCACUUCAAAUGGAUUGAAAGUGUCAUUUUCAAUGGCAACCAAUGAGUAAAAGUGCUAUUUUAGGACUUUUUCCCACUCGGAACAGUCCAACAUUUAAAUCUAAAUCUAAAAAAGACCCCCCAAAAAGUGCACAACUUCGUGCUGAUUAAAGUUAUUGUAGAGGACUAAAACUCCCAUUAACUUUAACAAAAAAUAUGUAAAUAUGUGGGUGAAUUAAAGACUAGCUCAUUAUAUACUGCAAACCCACAUUUGUUUAUUACAUAAUUUUUUUUUUUUUUUUUUGAAGUGUGUUUAUUUAAUCGGAUUCCUCGAUUUCGGUAGUCAAUUUAACCUGCGAUUAAAAGUUUUUUUUUUUUUUUUUUUUUUUAAACAAAUAUUGUAUCACAUGAGACCUUAAAAGGUACGGAUUGAUUAUGAAAAUUGUUAUUUCUAAGUUGUUUGGGGGGGGUGUCAAGUGUCAUGUCAUAACUAGAUUUAAUGACCUUCUGAUGUUUGUUAAUGUUUACCGCCAUGGAAUGUGAUUUAGGAGAGAUUUUAGUGAGCCAGGAAGACUGACAGAAGGACAAGGCCUACACGGAUUAUUGAAACUGCACCGCUGCCCAGUUGUGGUGUGCACUGGAUUGUAAUCCCACAAUUAAGGUCAUUGCACGCAUCCCAGAUCAAGCCACAUUGACUUAGGUUGUAACAGCUAGACAAAGACGUACCAGAGGAUAAUGAUAAAUGCACUUGUUUCUAAAACGGGGAAAUCAUACUUUGAAAGGUUUCUAUAAUGUGCAGAAAAAACGGAACGUGGAAGAGAGCAUAAUGUCAAUCACAGGCGGAAGCUCUCAUUACCCCCCCCCCCCCCCCAAAAAAAAAUGACUAUUACUCUUUCAAGACAGAAUAUGGAAUGUGUUUGAGUAGACUUUAGUUAAAGUGAUGACUAAUUGUGUUUUUGCGGCAGCCAAUAGACAUUGUGGUUGUGAUUGUUAAUGUUUAAUGGUGGAGCACUGCAAUAUGUUGCCUCUAAAUAGCUGUUGCGUGUUGUGGCGAAUGCAAAAAUAUAUAGGAUGCAAACUAAGAGAAGUGUUCAUCUGAAAUCAACAACUAUGAUCAGUGAGCGCAAAUAUGGCAAUAUCGGGCAAUGAUAACUUCCGCUCUUAUUGCUCUUCAACAAACUUAAAAGGCUGUUUUAAAAUCCCAUAAUUGAACUGGAUAUACUAAAAUAUGGAAACAUUCCAGAAGAAAAUGUUGUAAGAGUUAAACACUGGUAGGCAUUUCAUGUUUUAAUGGCAUUGUUUCAUAUAGUGCUUUGUUUUACAAUUCCAAUUUUUUGAAAUAUAUGUAUAAAUCCCUGUUCGGUUUUUGUUGUAUAUAUUUUAUCUGCCUAUUGCUGUGUUAUAUACUUUUAUGCUGCUGGAAUUUGUUAUUGAAAUGGAAAUAAAC